AUGUCUUCUACCUCACUUGUGGUCGUCCAGCAAGGGCCUCCACUUCCUUCAGGCACCCCUGAAUAUGAAGCUUUGCGGACCUUGAUACUAGACGAAUUCGCUGCGUUUGUGCCCGAAGCGUUGAUUUUGCCGCGCCAUAUCACCGAGAACCCUCCCAAAGAUGUCACCGGCAUUCCUCGAGAGUGCGGUAUUCUGUCUCCCGAGGAGAUCGAUAUCACCGAGAAGUAUGAUGCUGUUAGUCUAGCAUCCGCCAUUGCUUCCAAGAAGCUCACAGCAGUCGCCGUGUCCACGGCCUUUGCAAAAAGGGCCAUUAUAGCGCACCAGCUCACCUGCUGCCUGACGGAAUGGUUUAUGGACGAGGCCAUCGAGCGGGCGAAGCAGCUAGAUGACCACCUCGAGAAGACGGGAAAGACUAUUGGUCCGCUUCACGGCGUCCCUAUCAGUAUCAAGCAGCACAUCCCGGUCGCCGGGCAUUAUAAUGAUGUUGGCUAUUUGAGCACGAGAAUGGUGGACGACAGGGACAGCUUGAUGAUUGCAAUUUUGCGUAAAGCUGGCGCCGUCUUCUACUGCAAGACAAACCAGCCUCAGUCCAUCAUGCAUCUGGAGAGCACUUCACCUAUCGGGCGAGUGCUCAACCCUCACAACAUCGGUCUCUCGGCUGGUGGCUCCACAGGUGGCGAAGCGGCCCUCGUUGCUAUGCGUGGCUCCAUUCUCGGGAUUGGGACGGAUAUUGGAGGCAGUGUCCGCGGCCCGUCGGCGUUCUGUGGCAUCUACGGUUUCAAACCGACGUCGUACGUGCUUCCGAUGAAAGACUUCCUCAACGGCGGUGCCCUUGCAGAACUCAAUAUCCUGUGUUCUACUGGGCCCAUGUGCACUUCGUUACGGGACAUGAAUCUCUUCAUGUCCGUGAUGGCUGCUGCGAAGCCAUACAUCGAAGACCCGCGGGUCAUUCCUUUGCCUUGGGAUGUAUCGACCUCGACCCAACUCCAAGAGGGUACUGCAUCUCUGAAGAUCGGGUUCGCGAUGAAUGACGGGAUUAUCGAGCCGCAGCCGCCCGCCAUCCGAGCCCUGAAUUGGGCUCGAGAGCAGCUCGCAAAGUCGUCUGCUUUCCAAAUCAAACCAUUCGAGCUUUAUGGAACGGCAGAGGCUAUGAAGGACAUCCGGCUCGCCUACUGGCCGGAUGGCGGCAAUCUGAUCAAAUCCAAGCUCGCAGCGACGGGCGAACCAAUGUUCCCCCUGACCCAAUGGAUCAUCAAGGACGCGGAAGGCGCUGGCCUCACGGCUUCGGGGAUUCUUGACCAGCGCCUGCGUCGCGAUCAGUUCCGAUGCGAGUUCUCUCAGCACUGGGCUGCGCAGGAUGUUGACUUGGUCAUCUGCCCAGCCUUUGUUGGCCCGGCAUGUACACACGAGACUGCUUUCUACUGGAAUUACACUGCCCUGUGGAAUUAUGUCGACUACCCCGGUGUCGUGCUCCCGACUCCGAUCAGGGCCCUGGCCAAGGGCCAAGAGGACUACUCUUCAAAGACACCGCUGAGUGACCAAUGCAAGCAUGUCAGGCAGCUCUGGGAGGAAGUUGACUUUGAAGGUGCUCCUAUGAAUAUCCAGGUCGUUGCACGGAGAUACCACGAUGCGAGCUUGUUUACGGCUCUGCAUCUCAUGCAAGAUGCACUUCAGAUCAAGUAA